AUGCUGGUUCUGGUGCUUGUGCCUGUGCUUCUGCCUAUACUAGUGCUGGUUGCUCCAGCUGGUGCUGGUUUUGGUGCUGGUGCUGGCGCUUGUGCAGGUGCUUGUACCAGUAAUGUUGUUGGAGCUGGUGCUGCUGCCUGUACUAGUAAAAGAGCUGGUGCUGCUGCUGGUGCUGGUGCUAGUGCUGGUGCAGGUGCCUGUGCCGUUGAUCUUGCUGAUGCUGGCCCUGGUUUUGGUGCUGGUGCUGGUGCUGGUGCUGAUACUGUUGCUUCUGCUUGUGCCUUGGCUGGUGGCGGCGCUUGUACUGGUGCCUGUACCAGUGCUAGUGCUGUUGCUGGUGCUAGUGAUGGGGGUGAUGCUGGUGUUGGUCGUGAUGCUGAUGCUUUUGCUGGACUCGAUGCAUGGGAUGGUGAUGGUGCUGGUGCUGAUGUUGGUGCUGGUGCUGGUGAUGGUGCUGGAGUUGAUGCUGCUGCUGGUGCUAGUGCUGGUGCUGGUGCCUGUGCGGCUGCUUCUGCUGAUGCUGGAGCUUGUGCUUGUCCUAAUGCCUGUAAUAGUGCUCAAGCUGAUGCUGGUUUUGAUGCUGGUGCUGGCGCUUGUGCAGGUGCUUGUACCAGUAAUGUUGUUGGACCUGGUGCUGGUGCCUGUGCUGGUGCCUGUGCUGGUGCCUCUGCUGGUGCCUGUGCUGGUGCCUGUGCUGGUGCUGGUGCUAGUGCUGCUGGUGGUGCUGGUGUUGGUCGUGAUGCUGAUGCCUGUGCUGGACCCGAUGCUUGGGCUGGUGAUUGUGCUGGUGCUGAUGUUGGUGCUGGUGCUGGUGAUGGUGCAGGAGCUGGUGCUGCUGCUGGUGCUAGUGCUGGUGCUGGUGCCUGUGCGGUUGGUGCUGGUGCUGGUGGUGGUGCUGGUGCUGGUGGUGGUGCUGGUGUUGGUGGUGGUGCUGAUGCUUGUGCCGGACCCGGUGCUUGGGCUGGAGAUGGUGCUGGUGCUGAUGCUGGUGCUGUUGCCGGUGUUGGUGCUUUGGACGGUUUUGGCACUUGUGCUGCUGCCUCUACUAGUAAAAGAGCUGUCUGUACUAGUAAAAGAGCUGGUGCUCCUGCUGGUGCUGCUGCUAGUGCUGGUGCUGGCGCCUCUGGACCCGGUGCUUGGGCUGGUGAUGGUGCUGGUGCAGAUGACGGUGCUGAUGCUGGUGCUGGUGCUUAUGCUGGUGCUUCAGCCAGUACUGGCACUUGUGUUGCUGCCUGUACUAGUAAAAGAGCUGGUGCUGCUGCUGGUGCUGGUGCUAGUGCUGGUGCAGGUGCCUGUGCCGUUGAUCUUGCUGAUGCUGGCGCUUGUGCCUGUCGUAAAGCCUCUACUAGUGCUGAAGCUGGUGCUGGUUUUGGUGCUGGUGCUGGUGCUUGUGUUUGUGCUGAUACUGUUGCUUCUGCUUGUGCCUGGGCUGGUGGCGGCGCUUGUACUGGUGCCUGUACCAGUGCUAGUGCUGCUGCUGGUGCGGGUGGGGGUGGUGGUGCUGGUGCUAGUGAUGAUCCUGGUGCUUGUGCUAGACCCGGUGCUUGUAUUGGUGCUGGUGCUGGUGCUGGUGCUGGUGCUGGUGCUGGUGCUGGUGCUGGUGCUGGUGCUGGUGCUGGUGCUGGUGCUGGCGCCGUUGUUUUUGCUGAUGCUGGCGCUUUUGCCUGUCCUAGUACUUAG